AUGACUGAACUUGGCCAUGGUUCAAAUGUUCAGGGUCUUGAGAUAACUGCCACAUUUGAUCCAAGUACCGAUGAGUUUGUUAUGCACAGCCCAACUCUGACCUCUAGCAAGUGGUGGCCUGGCGGCUUGGGCAAAGCUUCCACUCAUGCAUUUGUCUAUGCUCGUCUCAUUACGGAAGGAAAAGACUAUGGCAUACAUGGUUUCAUUGUGCAGUUGCGAAGCUUAGAUGACCACUCUCCUCUUCCUGGCAUUACUCUCGGUGAUAUUGGUGGAAAGUUUGGCAGUGGGGCGUAUAACAGCAUGGAUAAUGGUGUUCUGCGCUUCGACCAUGUGCGCAUCCCAAGGGAUCAAAUGUUGAUGAGGCUUUCCCAAGCUAGUUACAAGGGAGGGAAAGUAUGUGCAUUCAGAUGUACCAAAGCAGCUGCUAUACGGGACAAUGGUUUAUGUCCGUCAGACAAUUGUCGCAGAUGCUUCCAAGGCUCUGUCUCGUACCGUUUGCAUUGCUGUAAGGUAUAGUGCUAUCCGGAAGCAGUUUGGUUCCCAGGCUGGUGGCCCUG